AUGGACUUCGAAUAUAUUCCGACGACCGUCCGAGGACCAGGAAGUGAUCCGAAUGACUGGGAGUUGUUAGCUGGAUGUGAUUGUACGGAUGAAUGCUCUGCAGAGCAGAAUUGUGCCUGUCUUUCAGGUGCAGAGGAUUCGAGCGAUGGUAUCCUACUUGAGAAGACGAGUGGUGCGCCGAUUCUAGAGUGCCAUGACGAAUGCCUGUGUUUCCAACGAGACGAGUAG